AAUAUAGAACAUCCAUAGACAAGCCUAACCAAGGUUGCACAAUCGCGAACAGCGAGCACCGAGCGACGCUUUGACAGCGAACAUGGACUGUCUCACGCGAAAACGUAAAUAAAUGGCCACCGUUGUUAUUAGACUCCUUAUAACCACAAGAUUUCAUGUUUCUAAAAUGGACGCCGAUAACGAGGUUCGGCAGAGGGACCUAAUAUCUCGGCGGGAGAAACGGUGGAGUAUGAAUUCCCAGAGGCUAGAGCAGAUCGUGGCGGAGCUGAUGCGCCCCAUUGGCGACCUCCGCCGCAGCUUCGACACGGACCUAUGCGCGUUGUUGGAAGAAUACCUGACCGAGGCAGGUCUACAUGCGCUCGAAGCGGAAAUCCCCGGCUCACAAGUGGUGGCGCCCAACUUUGCGGAGCUAGCGCUACUGCUGCAACAGAGCGCCAACAUUUACGGACGGAAGGUGGACUUGCUGUACCAACAUGUGCUGGAGUGCAGCGAGUCAUUACACACAAACACUGAAACUCACGACACAUCGCACGCGGAGGCCGACCCCGAGGGCGAAGCUGAGUCCCCCUCAGCCGCGACCACGAACCGUCGCAAGCGGCGCGCCUCCGUCGCCGGCUGGGCCCGCAUCAACCUCGAGGCCUGCGAGCAAGCCCGGCGCGAGGCCGACUUAAAGGCCCCGCCGACGUUACCAAGGAUGUAUAUUGAGUUGGAGCCUAGAGUUUUGGCGCCGUGUGAUGUGCCGCUGCUGGAUUAUGCUGGCGAACCCGUGGGGUUACUACAGGACUUCAAUGUCACUUGGAGAUUACAUGGUGGUCUACUAGUGGACGAGCUAGAAUGCGGUGAAGAAGACACGGCCUCCCUGGCCCUCCGAGCCAUCCCCCUGUCGGAGCUGCAGGCCGCCAUCGCGGCCGCCGCGCCCCCCUCGCCGCCCCCGCCGCCCGCCUCGCCCGAGCCCGACCAUCACCCACCCUGCUCCACCCCUAUACCUACAGAAGAGCCCGCGGCGCCUACGGAACCCCCAGCGGAGACAGCAGAAACAAAGACAGAACCAGCAACACCCGCAAAGCAACGCAAACGCAAGCAAGAAGAGCCCACGGUCUUGCAGACCGGUGCUGGCAAACUCUUCCUCACACCAGAACUACGAGUAUUCCUGACAGAGCAGCGCGAAUUCUCGCUACCAGGCCAGAUGGUGUCCCGCGUCAUGGCUAUGCGCGCUGCGCGUAUACUCGCUGUGCGAGCACAACUCAAGGAGCAGGCCGACAUUACCGAAUUCCGUGGAUUCGACGAAGUGGACAAGUCCGACUUGAUGGACAUUGGAGGUUUCCUCGGGUUCUCGGCGACGACGGAAUCAGAAGCGACAGACAUCUCCCUCUGCCUGUCGCGGCUAGCUUCAGCGGCCGAGUCGGACGACGACGGCUUCUUCGAGCAGAGCACGUUCUCCGGCUCGGAGGGCGCGCGGCCCGAGCUCACGCCGCCGCCGCCCACGCCGCCGCUGCCUGCGCCGCCGCCGCCGCCGCCGGUGGACUACUCCGCGCAACCCGAGUGGAUGUCGUGGCGCGCCGACGUAGUAGCACGAGCGUCGGCCGGCGAAGCGAGAGGGCUCGACGUGCGCGCGCUCGGCGCCGCCGUGCUGCGCUCGUUACCCGAGGGGGAGGAGAGAGGGAAGGGCCCGCCAGCGGCCUUUACCACCGUAUUAGAUGCCGCGGCGAAGGAUGAUGCCGAUGUGUCGAGGCUUUUCUUGGCUACACUGUUCUUGGCAAACGCCGGCAACGUGGAGGUCGUGCAACCACCGCCAUUAACACUAAACUCGUUCUCACUACGGCUGGUUUCACGAGACGAGCGCCUCUACAGCGCCGCCGCCGACUCCGAUCCCGCCUUCCUCACUCGGUAGACGCCGACGCCGACAAAAAUAUCGGACACGCCGACUUAGAUACCAGUGACUUAGUGAGGUGGUGCAGACUGGAAAACGUUGCUGUAUGUUAGAACGAGAGAUAUACGGAGUAUAUGUUUUGCUAUCCCGUUCUAACAUAUAGCUUGAUGCAAUUAAAUGGACAGAAUGCGAGAAUACAGAGGUAUAAUAGUGUCAAGAAAAAAUAGGUAAGAAAGUUACCUAAUGAUUCAUGGGACGUUUUUUCAAACUGUACAACAAAUUGUACAGAUUACUGCAUACUGAAUACAUUUGUGAAGUGAAGUGACGGUGCUCAGAUCAAAGUGAGCUCACAGUAUUAAAACGGCAUGGACAAUAAUUAUGUGGCCGUUCAUAUCAACGCCCGAGCUCCCUAUUGGACGAGGCAAUUAUUUUGUGUGCGUUUUGUUUAUUUUAAUCCCGCUUACCUCGUUUUUGUAUUUUUAUUUAGAAUUGUGGUUCGUUUAUUAAUGAUUAUCGAUUUGUAAAUAUAUUUUAGGAUAUAUUGUAUAUACAGAGUAUAUUUGUACAUAUAGAGUUCUAUGAGAAGAUGAUAUUUUCGAAGUACAAUAGUUGUAAUACGGGACGGGGUUCCAAUACGGCCCGGCGCCGCGCGGCGGCUCUCUUGUCGAUCUCUUUAAAUACUGUAUCUGAAUUGAAAUUUGGAAAUCGCGCACUCGAAUUCGUCACUAAACAGAAUAUAAUAAUCUUUUGAGCGUAAUAACUAUACUUUUUUUUUUUCAGUGUACUGAAUUAAAGGUUAUAAACCCCAGGUUGAGAGCAUGUGAGCUUAUGCUGUCUUAUUAUUCGAUUAUUUUUGUUUAAACAGUAAGAGCAUUCUUAGCUAUGAUGUAAUAAUAUUUAUUUCUAUAAAGAUCUCAGCUCUUGUCGGGUUAUUUUAAAAUGUAUAGUAAUUAAGUAAAUAUUGUUUAUUGUGCACCAUAAACAUAAAAAAUCACAGAAAGCGAAAUACAAGCAAAAUACUAGGUAACAACAGGGUAUUUUUCUAUAAAGUGUCGUUUAUUGUAAUAGUCAGCGUAAUGGACAAAAUUUUGUAUCGCUUAUAAGUCGUCGGCGUUAAACUUUCAAAAGGUUGAUUAUAAAAGAGGCUAAAGACAGAUUCCUGACUAGUAACCGAUGUCGAGUGCGCUUCAAAAACCGUCCUAUGUAAAUAGAGUCUAUGGUAAUAAAUAAAGACAAACAUGUCAGACAGUAAAUGUUAGGUGUAAGAAUAAGUGUUUUAGUGAGACCGCCGCGCCGCCUCCAAAUUCUGUGCCUUACUCCACCCAUGGUCGCCCCAUGGGCCCUGCAUACUGGUAUUUGAAAAGCAUCUGGUAAUGUAGUGUAGGGGUACCAUCAAAUGUUCUUAGAGACUUUACAUGCAGAGCAAAGCUGCAGUUUCAUGGUGUAAUGUGGGGGGUGUAUUUAAGUCAAUCCUUGAUCUUUCGGCGCCAGAAGAUGGCUAUAAGUAUAAUUUUUGUCAAUUUAAUUUUUAAAGAAUUUGCAAGCUUGUUUAAACUGAAACUGAUAGUUCCGAACAGUUCUUUAAAUUGUAAAUUUUUUAUACGACCUUUAGAAAUACGUAUUAUUAAAUAUUUUCGCUACCCUUUAGGCAGCAAUAACAUUAGAUUUCGUGGUGAUAAUGUCAAAUUUUUUAUUUACCUACACCCCCCUACAUUAUCAGGUGCUUAUCUUUUAAAUAAAAAAUGCAUGCAAUGUAUUCCAUUUUACUUGACAUUGAAUUUAAAAUGAUCUUAAAAACCAAAGCCAAAUGACAUAAUAAUAUAUUUUAAUAAGAAAAGGAAGAUUAUAUUUUUAUUACAACGAUAAAGAUUUGCAUGCAUAUUUAUGUAGAUUAAAUUCUCGGUUCCAUCAUAAUAAAUCAUGUAGCAUUGUAACUUAUAAGAUACAUAUUACCUACAAGUAAUUGUAAUAGCCUCCUAACUCCCAGAAGUUUAAAAGUUAGUAGGAAAAUUGCUGGGGACAGCUUUUAAGUAAUGUUUGAAAACACAUUGUAAUUAAUUACAAUGUGUUUCAUAUAAUUUUAUAUUUAAAUAUCAUUAUUUUUGGACAUUUAAAGUGAAUCGAGAUGUUAAAUUGCGUGUAAUUAUGUUCAAAUUGUACAUUAUGUUGCCUAAAUAUAUUUAUUUAGAAGUAUUUUACGUUUUCUCGAAAAACAAGCACAGAACAUUCAAUGUAAUUAUUUGUUUUAAAAUCAAUUAAAACAAUCAAUCUUAUUCUAUGAACAAAAACCUAUUUUGGGCGAUAUGACGCUAUUAUACAAUGAUGUAACUGAGAAUUGAUUAGACCUGGGCGUUGUAAUGUAAUUUAAACCUUAAGGGCGUGUUAAUUGGCUUACUUUUACAAUAGCGAUCGUCGGCGAGAGCCCGUUUGUGGGUGAAGGUAGCUAAUCAUGUGACUUAUGUGUGUGUGCGUGAAGUGUAUGUGUGUGUGGCGGGCGCUCGCGGCGCGCGGUCGGGCCGUAUACUUGUUACUUGUUAAUUAAUAUAAACGUAAGUACACUA